AUGGAAGAAAUUCGUGCAACAUCGGUCAGCCCCGAACCGGAGGCAUGGGAUCUCAUAAAAAGAUACUCUUCUCUCACCAAGCUACUCCACAUCACCGUAUGGAUUCGACGCGCCAUCGAACGUUUUCGCAAAGCUACCGAUGCACACGCUGCUCAAGACCCUCUCAUUCCGCUCGAAUUGGACUCUGUGCUCGCCUUCUGGAUCAAAUUGACGCAACACGCGUGCUUUUCUCCGGAAAUUCAACUCAUCAAAGCAAACAAACCACUACCGAAAUCAAGUCCAUUACUCCUCAUUCCGUUUAUCGAUACCGAUGAAUUGCUUCAUCUCCGAGGUCGCCUACAACAUUCUCAAUUGGAUCGAACAGAGAAAUAUCCGCUAAUCCUACCCCGAAGCUCUCGAUUGACGGAACUCAUCAUCGAUCAUUAUCAUCGAAAGACGUUUCAUGGCGGUUUGCAACUCACGCUCGCAUCGAUACGACGCCAAUUCUGGAUUCUCGGCGGUCGCCUUCCGAUACGCUCAUUCAUCCGCCGAUGUCUAGUCUGUACACGUCAACGAGCAGCGACCGGUCAACAAUUCAUGGGACAGUUACCGGCAUCGCGUGUAACUCCAUGUCGACCGUUCUAUCAUACGGAAGUCGAUUAUGCCGGCCCGUUAACGCUCAAGACUUUCCGUGGACGCGGAGCCAAGACAUACAAAGGAUACUUCAUUAUCUUCACAUGUUUCAGCACUUCAACAAUACACCUCGAAGUAGCGACCGACUACUCUACCGAGGGCUUUAUUGCCGCAUACAAACGCUUCACGAGUCGCAGAGGCCUCUGUUCCACUAUCACGAGCGAUUGUGGCACCAAUCUCGUUGGAGCAGAUGCCGAAUUACAACGACUCUUUCAGGCCUCGUCUCGAGAGUGGUCUCGUAUCGCCGCUCAUCUCGCUACCGACGGUGUCACGUGGAAAUUCAAUCCACCUUCCGCCCCGCAUUUCGGCGGCAAGUGGGAAGCAGGAGUGAAAUCAGUUAAGUUUCACCUUCGUCGAGUCAUCGGUGAGACCUUGCUCACCUACGAAGAGAUGACAACGCUCUUGGCUCAAAUUGAAGCGAUCCUCAACUCUCGCCCCCUAACGGCUCUCUCGGAUGACCCAUCGGACAUCUCCGCACUUACGCCAGGACAUUUCCUCGUAGGCUCAGCUCUCAUUGCCGUGCCUGAACCGUCUCUGCAAGAUCUACCAGAAAAUAGACUAACUCGAUGGCAGCUUUUACGUCAGAUGACAGAGUCAUUUUGGCAACGCUGGGUUACCGAAUAUUUAUCACAGUUUCAGGUCCCCUCAAAGUGA